UUUCUACAUUAUCAUUCGAGUUUGAUUCGAAAGGUUGCCAUUUUAUCAUUUGAGAACAGGCAUGCGCAUAUCCAUGUCAAGUGUGGCGUAAGGGAAAUAUUUGGCUUUUAGGGGCCCAGAAAUUAUAAAAAAAUGCAUAAACUAAAAUUUUCUCAGCGGGAUAAAGUGAAAAAGUUUAUAACCUUUACACAAACCGGAGAGCAAACGGCAAUUUAUUGCUUAACGCAAAAUGACUGGAAAUUAGAUUUAGCCAGCGACAAUUACUUUCAGAAUCCUGAGGCAUACUAUAAAGAGCCUAAAAAUUCUGUUGACAAGAAAAAACUCGAAAUAUUAUUUAGUAGAUAUCAAGAUUCUUCAGAAUCUGACAAAAUAACAGCAGAUGGAAUAAUGAAAUUUCUCGAUGAUUUGGGAUUAAGUCCGGAGAGUAAAUUAGUUUUGAUUAUUGCAUGGAAAUUUCGGGCAGAAACGCAAUGUGAAUUUACACGUGAUGAAUUUAUGAAUGGAAUGAUGGAUUUGGGUGUUGACAGCGUAGAUAAACUUAAGGCUCGUUUAAGUAGUUUAGAAAAUGAAAUUCGUGAUCCUUUGAAAUUUAAAGACUUUUAUCAUUUUACCUUCAAUUACGCCAAAAAUCCAGGACAAAAGGGUUUAGAUUUAGAUAUGGCUAUCGCAUAUUGGAAUAUAGUGUUGGACGAUAAAUUUAAAUUCCUGUCCCUAUGGUGCCAGUUUUUGCAGGAACAUCAUAAGAGGUCAAUUCCAAAAGACACUUGGAAUUUGUUAUUAGAUUUUGCUCUUAUGAUUAAUGCUAAUAUGACCAAUUACGAUGAGGAAGGUGCUUGGCCUGUUUUAAUAGACGAUUUUGUUGAAUGGGCGCAACCGCGCGUUCGUCAAGCUCUUUAACAUUUUUCAUUAGGUCAUUCGUAUCCUGUUUAAAAGUUAUUUAUUUCGUUAUUACACCACGCAAUCUAUAAUCCCUUGGUAAUUGUUUCUCUCUCAUUUAUUAACAUUAUAUUCAAUAUUGCUUUGUACACAGAAAAUAACAUAUAUAUUUUUCUACUUUCUUUCAUAGUAAUAAAAAAUAAAAAAUUAAUUUCUUAUUAUUUACAAAAAAUUUAUUUUACUUUAUUUUCAAUAUAUUUAGAGAAUUUAAAGAAAAGGGGGGAAAAAACUAAAAAAAAACAAAUUUAAUAAAAUUGUAAACUAGCCUGAAUAUAAUAUAGAUAUACAAUUAAUAAAUGUAUAAAAAUUGACAAGUACUUGACUACUAUUCAGAUGCUUUAUUUUUUAAUAAUGUAUAAUAAUUGAAUUACCAAAAAGAUAUAUAUUCCUGUGUACAAAACAAUAUUUUCCGAUUGUAUGAAAGAAAAGAAUUGAGAAUUCUAAAUUAUUGCUCAAUUAUCAAAGCUGUACAAAGUGUUGCUUAACAAUAUUUCAACACAGCUUUUUUUUUUGGUAAAUAAAAACAAAAAGUUUAUUUAGAUUGACAAUGAUUGCUAAUAGAAAUCGGAUUUUUUUCUUCAGAUUUCCGUCUUCUCUUUCAGUAGAUUUAUUGAAGUUAAUAUUUAUGUACGAUAAUACAUAAACCAAAAGAGAAAAUAGAAAAAUUAAUUUUACUAUUUAGAUAUGAAAAUCGUAAAAGUUGAAAAAUUCAUAAAUCUGAAUUCAAAGUUUCGAUAAAAUGUUCUUGAGGAAAAAGAUUUUGCUUUUUCCCAUAAUAUAUUAUAUUUAAAAGAAAACAUUUUAUAUAAAAAAUAUACAUAAUUGUAUAAAUUGUUAGGAAAUGUAAAAAAGGAAACAAAAAAAAAUACAAUUUAGAAGUUAAAGGCGAAUUCUUUUUUGUGUUCGAAAGAAAAUUAAUUUUUGAUAAAAAGAAAAUAUUCUUGCAAAUUUUUGUCUUUAGGGAUCACUAAAAAAAAAAUAAAUAUCAAUGUCAAAGUUUUUAUUGAUAACGAAUUUUUCCUUUUAAAAAAUGUAUAACAUUUUUCAAGCUCUUUAGAAAAAAAAAAGCAAAAUGCAUAGAUUUAGGGAUUUGACCAUUUUUCAUACAUUUAAGAUAAUCUCCUCGCAACCCUCUCCCAAAAAAAUAAAAUGAAUUUCCAAUUAUAGUUUUAUUUUUUUAUAAAGAUAAUAUGUUUUUAAAUAAUAUGUGAGAUAAUUGCAGAGGUAAUUUGCAUUUUUUCAAAUGUGAUAUUUAUUCGUCGAAAGACAAAAAAAGUAGUAUUUUCUUCGUAACCGAGAUAACUGUGAUUACAGAUUAAAGCGUGUGUUUUAAUAAUGAAAUAGGUAUAUUUCUGAGUAUUAGAUAUACAAUACGAAUGUAAUUACAAAAUUUAAAAAUGGCAUUGAUGACAAUUCUCCUAAAAAACAAAAAAAAAAAAUGUGGAAAAGUUUUUCAAUUCAAUGGAGAAAUUGAAAUGAAUCAAAAAAAAAAUUUUCAGGAUCAUUCCGUUAAAAUAUUUUACUGAAAACCUUAUUUCUAGAUUAAUAAUUUCAUCACGCACUUGAAAAUUGAAGAAACAUGUUAAUUUCUACAUAAUAUGAAUCUUCAUUUAAAAAAAAAUUGCAAACAGAAAAAAGAACAAGAUUUCCAUCGUAUUCACGUAAUUUUCUAAUAGAUGUAUUAGAUCAGUUUUAAUACAGUAAUGGCAAUUGAAAAAAAAAGAAAAUUGCGAUUACGGAAAUUAAUUUGUAUUUUCGAAUUAAUUAAUGUGUUUUUAUUAAUAUGUUUCAUUAAUGUUUCAUUUAAUGUUUCAUAUUCGAUUUUUGUUUCAUUAAUGUGUUUCAUAUUAAUUGAUGUUCCAUUCAAGUUUCAUUUUACUUGCUCUUUUAUAAAUAUUUACGAUAAAAUUCGAAAUAGUUGUGAAGAAUAUAAAUGCCUUGCGUCUUCUUUUUUUUCUGGAACAAAAUCAAUUUUUGAAAAUAUUGAUAUUUAUCUGAAAAUGUAACUUAUUGCAAUAUUAUAAAAAAAAAAAAAUUAAAGGGGAAAUUUAUAUUUUAAUUCCCACUUUGGCAUUGCUAGAAAUUUGCAGAGUUUAAAAAAAAGGGCAUGGUAAAGUUUUGUAAAUAAUGUAAAUAAAUUCGUCGUUAUAUUAACCAGGGAUAAGUUAUAAUUAGUUGAUUGAAAUAAAUCAAUUUAGAAAAUA